GAAGAUGACUUACCUCUACUUACUACAUGCGAGCCUGCUCUGUAUGUUGAGCCACUCAAAUACUUUGAGUGACAAUUCAUGUCCCGGUGGACAUGGCUGAUACGAUUCUCUUAGAGGUAAUUUAAGUAUACUUACUUUCUAGGUCUCCAACCAAGGUGGUAUAUACAAUUGACUCAAAAUUUGCAUGUUCAACUUGGUGGUUCAAAUUCAAACGGGGCCGCACUCGUUGCAGAGCCCAUGUCAGCCCUACUCAGUGCCAGCCUCACUUCCAAGCACUGACCUUAUGUUUGCCACCGUCCUUUCACCUAGCACUCCCCGUUGGUGAUCUGUGUCAAUUGACGACCCUCAAGCCGUCUUUUGGCUUCUUUCAUAGAGUUCCUGUAGUCUCUUUCGUGCGGGACAAAUGGAACAACCCACUUCGCCUCUCAGCCCACGAUCAUGCAGAAAGAUAUCGCAUAACUCGAAGGCUUCCACCGCUAUUCCACCGUUGCCAUCUAUUCGCCGACUCCUGGCUGGCCGAUUGCAUAUACCUCGUCGCAGUUGGAUCGACUCCAAGAGACAUCCCGUUAGCGAGGAAGCCCAACCAUAUCCUAAGAAUGGCUCCGAAUCCGAGUCGAUCCGCUUCAGCCUCCAGCACUACGCUGUGCAUUCCACAUUCAGUCGCACAAGCGACGAGCGCAAGCAGCGCCGUACUCUUCACUUCCCUCGUAAUUCAUUUACUGCCACACGAACUAAAGCUGAUGAGGAGGUCAGGAACAACGAUUUCGUCGUUGAUCAUCUUCCUUUCGCUCUUCGGUCGCAGACAAUGCUCUCCGUCGCGGCGGCUGCGCAAAGGGACGAUAUACGAUUCAGGAAGGAAGGCUUCGAGUUAAAGGAGACAGUGCUCCAGUCAGACCUGCAGACUCGCUCAGACCCUGCCGAACACAUUCUACACCGACAAACGUCACCUGCACGCUCGGGUGUCCUCAAUCUCUCCAGCAUCUCCGCUAGUGUUUCCGAACCAUCUAUCCACUUUCCGGAAACGUCAGAGCAUGUGCAUGCUUCAAAAAUACACUUCAACCUUAGCAAGAACUACAUUAAUCCAUCCUUCGCAUCCUCGAUAUCUGCUUCAGUCUUGGACAUAUCUAUGGUUACGAACCAGAACCUGUCAAUGAUCUCAGGGCACUCAUCGGUUGGUGCCUAUACUUGCGAGGAUGUUCUUGCGGAUCUCGGGAACGUUACCGAGAGCUCGUUCAACGAGGAUAGCUUUCUGCAAAUGGCAAUGAAGGACCUCGGCUGGUGAACCGCCUCGCUAUACUAUGUUCUCUAUAAUGCUCGCGUUUGUUUUGCAGUCUGCGGUUGCUACAUUAUUUUACAUCUCACCUAUUUGCAUGGGGCAUGCACCUCUAGGAUAUUUCAUGCACGACCAGUGUAUGUAUCACUGCAAUCAUUUCGAUAGCAGAAGGUUGUGGGUUUCCAUACAUUUCCAUUGAUGGGCUGUCUCACGUACUCAAAUGCCUGCAGGUUGAGUGUGAGUUUUGAUGGGUGUUGAACGCUGCCUGCAGACUCCAUUGAAUGUUCUAUCAACUCCUUGCCGAGCUCAGUAAGUAGACGCUACAGUGUAUCUCACGAGGUCGAUCCUGUCAUGCUUCCUUACAUACACAAGUCGUUAACUCCAUAAGGCGAGCGUUCAAGGCGUUCAUUGG